AUGAAAUACUUUAUAUAUAUUUUGUAGAUGAUCAUUUAUACAGCAGUAGCAUCAAAGAAAUCAAAAAAGAACCAGUAUUGGUACUUGAAUGAGAAAAUCAUAUAUAUUGUGCUUACAGUUUUGGGUAAAUAUGAAUAGUAUAUACAAAGUGAGUUUCAUUUCUUUCUGUAUUUUGUUAUUUAUCAUAUUGGCAUGUUUGCAUUAAGGGGGAUAUCGAUUUAUUAGAUAGAAUAACAUAAAUUAGAAUGAAAAUUAAUAAUAAUAAGAAAUAAUUGUAAUGGUUCCAACACAUGAGAAAUAAUAGUACAAAUAGUUCCUAACAUAUGCGAGCAAAACAAUAGAUAUAAGUAGAUCAACAGAAAAUUCAUGAUAAUUUACCUGAAUAAAUUGAUUUUAAUUCAGCUAUUCUUUUUUAAAACAAUC